AUGAGAAAAAUACAGAUUUUGUAUAUUGUAAUAUAUAUUAUUCACAAUACGGAGAAGCCUCCUUCUGGUCACUUCCAUUUUGCGGAUGAAGCUCAAGCUCAGUUGUUCUCCGAGAAUAACGAGCAUUCUACUGAGGGAUCUACUGAGGAUUCUACUGAAGAUUCUACUGACGAUUCUACUGACGAUUCUAAAAAGUCGCAAGAAGAAAAUCUUGCAAAACUGUUCCAAAACAAUUGCCUAAAUUUGAAAAAAUUGGAUCAAAAUACUACUACAUUCUCGGAAGGUGUCAAUUGGUUCGAAGCAGCUCAUAAAUGUCGUGCGUUGGGUGGAAAUCUAGCUGGUCUUCAAAGUGAAGAAGAGUUAAAAGCAAUCAGUGAAAAAUUAACCAAUGUACGAUACUGGUUGGAAAUCAAUGAUCUUGGCAAUGAGGGCGUCUACAAAUUGCUCUCUUCUGGACUGCAGGCGGGUUUUUUGAAUUGGCAUUCCAACGAGCCUAAUGACAAUGACGAUAACGAAAAUUGCGUUGAAUUGCUCAAAUACGGAUCAGAUUGGGAAAUGAAUGAUAAUAAUUGCGGACACAAAUUUAAUUUUAUAUGUGAGAAGCAUAAUCUUGAGUAAUUUCUUGUAAUUCUUUUAAAUAAUAUAUGCAAACAUCAUCAU